UUCACUUUGCCCUUGUUCUGCUUCAAGUUGGCUCAAUAUCCGGAAAAGCCGAAAAAGAUUUUGUCAAAACCGAAAGCAUGUCGAGCGUUGGCAUGGUCAACUAUGCAGGUCCAAGCGAGAGUAGUGCGUUGGCAACUCAACUCGCUCUUCAGGGAAUGCAAAAGGAAGUCGUGUAUGCCCCCAAGUUCUCGCUCCCGACCCCAGUGGUGUUAAACACGUGGCCAUUCACGGCUGCAACGAACCAAGCAUUCGAAGUACUCCAAACAAGUCGCCAGUCGGUCCUCGACGCUGUGGAGGCUGGGUGCAAUAUUUGCGAGGUUUGAUACGUGUCACAGUAGUGUAUUCCUCGUUUGUGUGUAGGUGCAGCAAUGUGACUUCACCGUCGGAUAUGGAGGCAGCCCGGACAGUACAGGGGAGACCACGUUGGACGCGAUGAUUAUGGAUGGACAUGAUCAGUCUAUGGGAUCCGUCGUGUACCUCCGCCGCGUCAAGGACGCCAUUCGUGUGGCUAGAAAGGUCAUGCAGCAUUCGUCGCACUCUGUCUUGGCCGGCGAAGGAGCGUUGGCGUUUGCCAAGAUGAUGGGCUUCCAUGAAGAAUCCCUCACAACACCAUAUUCGACCGAGUUGUAUCUCCAGUGGAGAGCGAACCAAUGUCAACCCAACUACUUUAAAAACGUGCGUGGACAAGCAUCGUCUUGCCCUCCGUACGAACCCCUCGCUUCUGGUCACACUGCUGCAUUGGACGCCCGCGAAGCGAUCAACCAGCACAACCACGACACGAUAGGCAUGAUUGCGCUCGACACCGCUGGACAAAUGGCUGCUGGCGCGAGCUCAAACGGCGCCAACCAUAAAAUUCAGGGUCGAGUCGGGGACGCUCCAUUGCCAGGCGCCGGAUGCUACGUGGACAACACCAAGGGCGCGGCGGCAGCCACUGGCGACGGUGAUAUCAUGAUGAGGUUUCUGCCGUCAUACCAGGCUGUGCAAGACAUGGGAGAUGGCAUGCAUCCAAAAGCAGCAUGCGAGAAGGCACUACGGCGGAUUGCCGACAAGGUGCCGUCAUUCAAGGGCGGCAUGGUGUGCUUGAAUGCCCAUGGCGAGUACGGUGGGGCAGGACACGGGUGGGCGUUCUCGUACUCGGUGCGCACGGCGGGGAUGGCCAACGCAGCGGUGGUCCACGUUGCGCCAUUUUGACACGACGGAGAGUGUUCAUCGAAGGAGGACUGUGUUGUAAGAUGCUCUAACUCGUCUCUGGCGCGACCAACAGACAGUCUACAAAAAGUACGGGACGGCCGCACGGUGCGAAGCAUGCUCGGACGACUCUGGGACUUCGCGGAACAGUUUGAACUCGCGGUUCAAGUUUUCAUCGAACGCCAAGAUGGCCGCGACGUUGCCGACACGGUAGCAAUAGUUGGGCGCCGACCACACUGUGACGAGGUUCUUGUCCGGAAACAUGUAGCUGUAGCCUUCCUGGACGAGCUGAUGCGCGCGGCAGAUGAGGUCAAGGCCGUUGAGGCGGUUGAACUACACCACAAAACGUGCGGAGAUGGGCUCACGACGAUGACACCGAGUCUAAAACCAACCUCUUGUGUGACUUUCCACCCAAACAAGAACCCUGCGCCACGAGGGCUCAUCGCCCACGCCUCAAUGUCUUCGGGGUCCGACCACAUCAAGUCCGAAAACGCCCCUUCGUGGGGAAUUUCUUGUUGACGUUCGAUUGUGCGCACCUAGAGCAUUGCCACGUAGCUUAGAGACACGGAACGUUGCUUCAAGGGAGAAUCAGUACUUGGUCAAGUGUUCGAAUCUCUGGCGAUAAACCACCGUGGACGCACAAAA